AGCAAUUGUACGUAUAGAACAAUAUGUCGUGUCCCUACUAUAUAGGUCUAUGUUUUGAAAUCGACUUUUGACAAUCACUAAAUGAUUAAAUUAAAACCAACAAUUUGUUUCGUUCGGUAGACUCGCUUUUCCUUGUUUUGUGCUUAAAUUACGAAAAUUCCUUCAAUAUUCUAAUUUUAAACCGUACAAUCCCUUUCUUUUACAAUAUGAUGCAGGACUGUGUGGAAGAUUCAUCGCAGGACCCUUUGUCAACUGUUCCAGUGGCUGAUCCAGCCCCAGCUACCAUGGACACAAAAGUCGAGAAAAAGAAGCCAAAUGAGAAUGUCUCUCUAGCUGAUAAUAGUCUUCUGGUAGACAUAUCAGAUGCUCUAAGCGAAAAAGAAAAAGUCAAGUUCACUGUUCACACCAAAACAACUUUACCGGAGUUCCAAAAAUCAGAGUUCAUAGUAGUACGUCAGCAUGAAGAGUUUGUCUGGCUACAUGACCGUUAUGAAGAGAAUGAAGAAUAUGCUGGUUAUAUAAUCCCUCCAGCACCUCCUCGUCCUGAUUUCGAUGCCUCCCGCGAGAAGCUACAGCGACUGGGCGAGGGGGAAGGAGCCCUCACUAGAGAAGAGUUCCUCAAGAUGAAGGAGGAGUUGGAAGACGAGUACCUGGCGACCUUUAAGAAGACGGUGGCGAUGCACGAAGUAUUCCUCCAGCGCCUGGCUGCUCAUCCUGUCUUCCGCAGGGAUUCUCAUCUCAGGGUAUUCCUGGAGUACGAACAGGAUCUCUGUGCCAAGCCAAGAGGCAAGAUGGACCUCAUUGGUGGACUGGUUCGGUCAAUGACAACAACCACUGAUGAGAUAUACCUCGGGGCGACCGUGCGAGACGUGAACGACUUCUUCGAGCAGGAGACGUCGUUUCUGCAAGAAUACUACUCGCACCUCAAGGAGGCAGUCGCUAAAGUCGACCGUAUGACGUCGAAGCACAAAGAAGUGGCGGACGCUCACAUCAAGCUGUCGUCUUGCAUAACUCAGCUCGCGACCAGAGAGCAGCCUCCCAUGGAGAGGUUCCUCACGAAGGCCUCCGAGACAUUUGACAAGUGCCGGAAAAUCGAGGGUCGCAUGGCGUCCGACCAGGACCUGAAGCUGGCGGACACUCUCCGGUACUACAUGAGAGACGCUCACGCAGCGAAAGCGGUGCUCGUGAGGAGACUCAGGUGUCUAGCUGCCUACGAAGCAGCCAACAGGAACUUGGAGAAGGCGAGAGCGAAGAAUAAAGAUGUUCACGCUGCCGAACAAGGUCAGGCGGAGGCGUGCGCUAAAUUCGAGCAGCUGUCCGCGAGGGCCAGGGAGGAGCUCAUCGACUUCAGGACCAGACGGGUGGCCGCCUUCAGGAAAAGCCUUAUAGAACUAGCGGAAUUGGAGAUAAAGCACGCGAGGUCACAGCAGGAGUUGUUUAGGAAAUCACUUCAAGUGCUUAGGGAGUGUCAGUGAACUGAAUGCGGCUUGGAACGACAAUAUCGGAAAUUCCAAUUCGAAGCAGGCAAUAAUAACCCUUAUCUCUUUGCCUGUAAAGUUUAUGUUUCAAAUCGUAUGUCUCGGAUGUGAUAAGGUAAUUUUAUUUUAUGAAGCGUUAAUGGAUUCUGUGUGAUCAGUGUUUUUAACGUUCUCGAUAACGUAAAAGUUAACGCAAAUUUGUAUGCAGUUGGAUCAGCGCCCCUAGCGGCAAACGUAGGCAAACGUUGCAACUCCAUACAAAUUUGAGUUAACUUUUACGUUAUCGAGAACGUUAAAAAAACUCGUACUACGCACACAGUAAUGAAGUCAAAAUACGUAGGUCAUUCCGUUUUGGAUGUCAUUCAUUGCGGGUUCAGUUCUUAAGUUGAUAAGAUAUGUUCAGGCUCAUUAUUAUAAUAAUAUUGUUAUAAAUUCCUCUUGUUUAGUAUAAUUAUCACCAUUUAUUGUAUAUAGUUAUAUAGGAUCACCCUGUAUAAUUGUAACUUUAGUCAUCAGAAAGGCCAUGAUGUUGGUAACUUCGAUGAUAAAGAUUCUUAUUAACGAAAUAUGUAUAAUAAUAUAUACGAAAAAAAUAAUGUAGGAUACAACUUUGGUUAAAAUUUUAAUAUUGAGCAAUAUUUUUUUUUAAUUUUUAAAUUUCAUAAAAAAAAGUAAAAUUGGUUAUCAGUAAAAACAAUUUCACCUUUCAUUAAAUAAUGGAUUAAAAAUUAUAGUCUAUAAGUCGAGAUUCCAUUAGUGUUUAUCAAACAACAACAAAAAAACCUACAUGCAAAAAUAUUAUGUCUUAUGUCAAAAGGGGAUAGUUCAAUUCUCUGCAUUAAAUAAUUUUUAGUGCCUCAAAUUACCUUCUACAUACUUAGAAGCAAAUCUAUUCCUAGUUAAACUUAGUAAGAAAGGACUGGGUUUUAAAGUUGGCAAUACUUUUUAUAAUGGAAGUGUUGCCAGAUUCCUUUUUUUUGUUUAAAUUACAUUUCUGGAUGUAAUGUUUUAGAUUUGUAUAAUCGUGCUUUUGUUUAAGAUAGUUUGGUUAUCACUCGUUUUGGCUAUGCAUUUAAAAUGUAAGUAAGAUCUAAGUGUUAUAUAUAAAUAUAUGAUCAAAUAUAA